AUGGAUGAAUAUAAUGGUGAUUAUGCUGGUGAUUAUGUUGUAUAUCAAUUUCGUCAAAAUCAUUCAUCGUUGAUGGAGAAGAUAUCAGAGAAGAUUCAUUCACAUGAUUCAUCAUCAUCGUUUUCAUCUGUUUCUGAUAAUGAAAGGGAAGUUAAACAUCAGUCAGUACCUAAAUCUUCAUCAGCAAAAGGUGUUCAUUCUGCUAUUAAUCGCCUCUUGGGAACGAAGAAACCUGUUAAUCAUGUCUUUGGUGGUGGAAAGCCUGCUGAUGUUUUCUUAUGGAGGAACAAGAAGAUUUCAGCUAGUGUUCUUGGUGGAGCUACUGUUACAUGGGUUUUAUUUGAAUUGUUGGAAUACCACUUGCUCACUUUGGUCUGCCACUGUUCUAUAUUGACUUUGGUUGUUCUGUUCAUGUGGUCGAAUGCAUCUACCUUCAUCCAAAAGUCUCGCCCAAAUAUUCCUGGAGUCCAUCUUCCUGAGGUAAAGAAGAUCGAGAAAGUCAUCAGCAAUAGAAGUUCACUGGCAUCGUAUUGGUCUCUUACUGACAAGUUUAAUGAGACUAAUAUUUUGGGUAAGGGUGGGUUUGGAUGUGUUUAUAGAGCUCAUAUUGAUGAUGACAAUCUCAUUGCAUCUUUCAAGAGAUUGAAUUGCAAAAGACAAGAUGCAGAAACUGAAUUUAAGGUUUACUCAACUUCAUUUAUAGAGAUCAAUGCAAAGUUUUCUUUUUCAUUUUUUGGUCAUUCUGAUGUUAGACUGAAUUCGAAUUACAGAAUGAAGUAUAUUCGUUGA